AUGAACAUGUCCGAAUUAAAGAGAGAACUCUGCAGACUCUGCAAAAGGGGAACUAAAACACUCUUUGCUGCCGUCCGCGAAGGGCACAAGGAGUGCGUCCAGAUAAUCCUGGAAGAUCCUGAAAUGUUCCCAGUGUUUGAUGCCACGAAGGCCCUCGGAUAUGCCGUGCGAUACAACCAGCUUGAAAUUGCUCGGCUCGUGCUUGAGGCUGGGGCCUACCCAAGCCCUGAAUUGGAUGGCGCGACAUGGGAUACCUCUCCCCUCCAUCAUGCGACGACCAAGGGCAACUUGGAGAUGGUGAAGCUCCUACUCGAGUUCAAAGCUGACGUUGACCAGUCGGACCUGCACACCCGCAUGGUACCCCUGUCUACUGCUACAGCACUGGGCCACACCGAAAUCGUCCGCUGCUUGCUGGAAUCCGAAGCCGAUGUCAACCUGGAGAACGUGUAUGGCGAGGCACCUCUCCAUAUUGCCACUCGGCUUGGGCACCUGGAAAUUACCCAGCUCCUUCUCGCCCGAGGGGCUGACGUGGACAAAUCCUGUGCAGGCAAAAUUCCUCUGUACUUCGCGUGCAAAGGUGACCAUGUCGACGUGGUCCGGGCCCUCUUGGCCAACACUCCGAAGCCAAACCUGAACCUGGGAAGUGGGCGGGAACAACCGUUGUCAAUAGCAAUCUACCACGGCUACACCGAGAUCGUCGCCCUGCUGUUGAAGGCCGGCGUGGAUGUCAACCGCAUGUGCGGGGAGAUCUAUACCCCGCUCGAAUGGGCCGUAAAGCAUAACUGUGAAGCCGCCGUACCAAUGAUCCUGGAGUACCAGGCGAAGAUAGACUGGAAAAGCAGUCGGGGGAGUGGUGUCCUGCGUUUAAUCAACCAGAGAACGGAAGUGGCCACAGUCAAGCAUCUAAUCCGCUGUGGCGUCGAUCCAGAAGACGCCAACAAGAAAGGGGAGUGCGCGAUCUGGGUCGCCGUGCGGAUCAACAAUGAGCCUGUUGCCCAGUAUCUCGCGUCAGUUGUGAAGGUAAAACUGAAUUAUGCCGUGGGACAAGGCGCAGUUUUGCAUAUUGCAUGUCGUUAUGACAGCCUGAACAUGGUGCGCAUCCUGGCCGAGGCUGGAGCGGACGUCAAUCUCGCGGCCCCGGGGGGUGGCGAGACUCCGUUGCAGGCGGCCUGCAACCGUGAAGUCGACGGCUCCAAGUUGAACGACACUUUGGAGAUUAUCCGGUAUUUAAUUCAGAAAGGGGCCCGCGUCAACGACAGUGGCGGGAACUUCCGGUCGGCCUUGCACAAGGCGUGUCUGAGUAGCGCGCCGGAAGUCAUAAAGCUUCUCUUGGAUGCAGGAGCUGAUACUAACUGCAAGGACCCGGUUGGGAGGAUUCCUGCUCACCUCGUGUGUUAUCGGGGACUGGAGCACUACCGGGCAUUAAGCCCGAGUAAGGAUGCCUUGGUCGCUCGAGACUUGAUGCAUCGCACGGCAUUGCACUAUGCCGUGAUUAGUGGGGAUGUGGACCUGGUGGAAGAGGUCCUGGAGAGCCACAAACAGCAUCCUGAUUACCAGGACACGUAUAUGGAGUUGGUUGAUAAGGAUGGAUGGACGCCGUUGCAUUGGGCAGCAAGAUGUGUCUCUCCCUUGGAUGAUAAUAGGAAAGAUAUGGUUCCUAUGAUUGAGUACAUGGUGGAGCAAGGCUACGAUCUCGCCGCUAAAGGGAAAGCAAGGGAAACGGAGUGGACGCCACUAGAAGUCGCGAUAUAUCACGACGCUGAUGAGAUAGUCAAAGAACUCAUCGUGCCGGAUAACCUCGAACUGAACCAGCUGCUACCUGGCGCCGAAUUUGAGGGUCACUUCUGUGACGGUUGCUUUCUGCCUCUCGUCGGCUUCAACGUGUAUUGCCAGGUAUGUGAUAGCUUCUGGCUCUGCUUCAAGUGUCAAGCCUACAGGGAGCUAUUUCAUUCCCCGGAACAUGAAUUGAAGCAGUUCUGUGGCGAGUACGGAUGGCGUGCGAAGGAAUGGGUGCCAAGGGAACGAUAUGUUCGUCCCGAAAGCCCUAUUUUGCUUUCGGAUCCACCGGCGGUUGCUUUCCCACCUAGAAGCUAA